ACCCUAAAUACGGCGGGUCAUGUGGCUGGAUUGUUUGAUGGUACUCUGCUGCCGGAUCUCAUCACAACUCAUUUCUCGUUUGAACCUUCUCUCCUGACAUACGGCUGCCUUGAACUGUUGUCCUACUAUGUUCUCCAAUUUGCUGAAGCCUACGUAGGCACCUUCAACCUCGAGCGCUCACGUCUGUGGUUGCGUAGCUGUGAGCACUAUAUCGGCACCCGGUCAGUGUCUGACUGUGUCACCCUUGACGCAGUGCGCACUGUACUGGGUGUGUUAGCCUCUCUGCCACACCUUGGUCGUGCCUCUGUUCAGCUGUCUCUACGCGGACGCCGCUCGACCCUGACCAGCAUAGACGACUCCGAGGAGGACUUGGAGACGAAUGCCUGCUAUCUGGAUGUGGAUGCAAACUCUCUGGUAGGCCUCACAAAGCUUACGUCCGGAAUAAUCAUAAAGAAGUCGCGGGUUUUGUUGCUUUGGAGUGCUUUGAUUUUUCUGGUUUGCAUGAACAAAGUUUCAUAA